AUUUGCGCAUGCCUGCUUGGGUGCUUUGUUACAGCCAAGAUGGCGUUAAGUAAAACAUUUGGUCAGAAACCGGUCAAAUUUCAGUUAGAAGAAGAUGGAGAAUUUUUCAUGAUUGGUUCUGAGGUAGGCAACUACUUGCGUAUGUUUAGAGGUUCCUUGUACAAAAGGUACCCAUCUUUGUGGAGGAGAUUGGCAUCAGUUGAAGAAAGAAAGAAAAUUGUUGCUUCUUCACAUGAUCACGGUUAUACAACUUUGGCAACUAGUGUUACUCUUCUGAAAGCUGCAGAAGUCGAGGAGAUUUUAGAAGGAAAUGAUGAAAAGUACAAAGCUGUUUCUAUAAGUACUGAGCCACCAGCCUACCUCAGGGAACAGAAGGCAAAGCGAAAUAGCCAAUGGGUUCCCACUCUGCCAAACAGCUCCCAUCACCUGGAUGCUGUACCAUGCUCAACCACGAUAAAUCGCAACCGUAUGGGUCGUGAUAAGAAAAGGACAUUUCCACUCUGUUUUGAUGAUCAUGACCCUGCAGUGAUACACGAGAAUGCCUCCCAAACUGAAAUACUGGUCCCUAUCAGAUUGGAUAUGGAGAUUGAUGGACAGAAACUCAGGGAUGCUUUCACAUGGAACAUGAAUGAAAAACUAAUGACACCAGAAAUGUUUGCUGAAAUUUUAUGUGAUGACCUCGAUUUGAAUCCUUUGGCAUUUGUCCCUGCCAUUGCUUCUGCAAUUAGGCAACAAAUUGAAUCCUACCCCACAGACAGUAUCCUGGAUGAGCAGACGGAUCAGAGGGUCAUUAUCAAGUUAAAUAUCCACGUUGGAAACAUAUCUUUGGUGGACCAGUUUGAGUGGGACAUGUCUGAAAAGGAGAAUUCACCAGAGAAAUUUGCUCUAAAGCUAUGCUCAGAACUAGGUUUAGGAGGGGAAUUUGUCACCACCAUUGCCUAUAGCAUCCGCGGACAACUUAGUUGGCAUCAAAGAACCUACGCUUUUAGUGAAAAUCCACUUCCAACUGUAGAGAUUGCUAUUCGAAAUACGGGAGAUGCUGACCAGUGGUGUCCACUUCUUGAGACGUUGACAGAUGCUGAGAUGGAGAAAAAGAUCAGAGACCAAGACAGAAACACAAGGCGGAUGCGAAGACUUGCCAACACUGCUCCAGCUUGGUGAAAUUCUUUAUCAGGGAAACUGUUGGAAUCAUAUUUACAAGCAAUUGUACGGAGAGUAGUAUUAAGAGCCGACUGGUC